AUGAAACGGUCUAAGAUCUUGGAGUUUCAAGAUAUGAUUCAUUAUAGUCCUAGAUAUUCCGACGACCACAAUGAGUAUAGACACGUUAUGCUACCUAAGAAUAUGUUGAAAGUGAUUCCUCAAGAUUACUUUAACCCUGAAACAGGUACGUUGAGAAUAUUAUUGGAGGAUGAAUGGAGAGGACUUGGGAUCACCCAAUCAUUGGGAUGGGUUCAUUACGAAUGUCAUGCCCCAGAACCUCAUAUCUUACUUUUUAGAAGACCUAUUAAUCCUACCGGACAAUAA